UGGCUCUUGGCCGUAGGGGAGCGUAGAGGUGUGAAAAGAGGGGGAGGAAGAUAAAGAGAAGGGUGAGGAAACUGGGGCUCUAUCCUCCUCCCCGUGAUGAUUCAGACUGGCUCCCCCUGCCCUUUUCCCUACACCAACAACAGUCCCUGGAAGAUGGAAAAGCAUGCAGAUUGACAGUAUGGACGCAAAUCCCCGAGCGAUUCUCGGUAUGCAUGACGCCCAGAGUUUUGGACUGGCUGACCCAAGACUGUGCUACCUUCUAGAUGGCAUCCUCUUCGUCUAUGGAGUCAUCAUCACGGCCCUCUUCCUGAGAGCCAAGUUCAGCAAGACUGCCAGAGUCUCCAGCUACCAGCAGGACCAGAAUCAACUUUACAAUGAGCUCUCCCUAGGACGCAGAGAAGAAUAUGACAUUUUAGAUAAGAGAAGAGGCCGUGACCCGGAGAUCGGAGGAAAACAGAGAAGGAAGCAUCCUCAAGAAACUGUGUAUAAUGCAUUGCAGAAAGACAAGAUGGCAGAAGCAUACAGUGAGAUUGGAAUGAAAGGAGAGAACCAGCGAAGACGAGGCAAAGGGAAUGAUGUCCUGUACCAGGGCCUCAGCUCAGCCACCAAGGAUACCUAUGAUGCCCUCCAUAUGCAGCCCCUGCCUCCUCGUUAACAGGAGUAUACCACCAUCGACUCACCACCCGGACAGAUUUGCAAGGACAGUUACAACCAACCCCCACUGAGAAAAAAAAAUCAUUCUUGUUUCCCAGCAACCAAAGCAGCCUUUCCUUACCUGUGGGAUGAAUCCCAGGUUAAUGUUUGGCCAUGUUCAACUCCUUACUGUAAGCUUGCCUUUGAAUUUUUCAGAUUUCCAGCCUCAGGGAUUAUGAUUUUGUAGUAACAAUAGUAAUAGAAUACAUUUGUGAAAAGGUUUACCAAUCUUCUUACCACCACCAUUCAGGGUUCAGGUUUCAUUAGCUCCUAUGUAGCCAAUCUAUCAGCAGUCAUUAAGCACCUACUAGCCAAAGCUCUGGAAGAUUUGGUCAUGGGUCUUCUGGCUCUAGAAGAUUUGGUCUUGGGUCUUCUCCUGGCUCAGCCCGUGUCUCUAGCCAGUCACUUUUCCCUGGGACUCAACGCUCGUGUUUGUCCAGUGGAUGGAUAUCCCAUCCCACAGAGGUGCUGUUAGCUUCUACUAUGGAAAGCCUUCAGAGAGACUGGAGGUGACUGCUGUUGUUGAAAUAGUCCACGCCAUCUUCCCCAUUAGGAUUUACGACCCCUUGGCUUGACUCCCGCUGUAAACUUAGCUUCUCUGCUGUUGCCCCCUCCACCUCAAUUAAAUUUUUGUUAUCUUUCUCUUCCUAUUUUAAAGUGACUUGUCUGUCGUAAGGUCAUAGAGCUACCACUGGAAGGGACCUUAGAAAUCAUCUAGUUGGACUCCUUCAUUUUACAGAAUGAAGAAACUGAGGUCCAAGAGAGUAGGCGACUUGCCUGGUGUCCCCCAGCUAGUAAACAGCAGAAUCAAGAUUCAAACUUGGGUCCUGUGUCUCCCAAUACUUCCUGUGAAAAGUCUCUGUUGGGGGUGAGGAGGGGAUGGGGAGGGGGUCAGGUGACCUGGUCCAUGCCAAUAUGUAGCAGUCUAAAUAGGAUGAGAGAAGUGGAGACAGAGGAUAAAAAUAGGUGGGGAGUUGAGAGAAGAAAUUGUAGUAGCUUAGAAUCCUACAGGAACAGGAAUGGGGCACAUGAGAGGAAGAUUAAAACCAUUAUCAUGAAGGCAUUGAUGAAUAACCCAACAUCUCAUGGACUCAUAAAAAUUAAAUUUGAUGGUGGUACUACUCUGGGGAAAAAAAUGGAAGAGGGACCAACUGGAACUAAUGUAAGUGCCAUAGAUGGGGAAUCUGACAUUUGGCCUUCUGGUUUUUAUUUAUACUUGUUUGCUGAAUCCAUGUGAUUUUUUCCCCCCAAAUAAAUGCUUCAAUGAAAAUGCUGUUUUAUGUUAAAAACAAUAAAAAGGUCAUUUCAGUAGUCAUA